GUACGUUUCCUUUCCUUUCUCUUUUUUCAGCUCUAAUUGCAACACAAAACCUAAACCUUAAAACCUAGUUCGUUUGUUUUUACAAUUGACUUUUGUGUAAAAUCAAUAACUUUGAUAACUUCUGUUGUUGAAGAUGGUUGAAACUCUUUUUGAAGAUAUAUUUACUGUCACUCAGAAGGAUCCUGAUGGCAAAAAAUUUGAUCGAGUUAAUCGCAUUGAAGCACGGAGUGAGCAGUUUGAUAUGUUCAUGCUACUGGAUAUAAACACUGAAAUAUAUCCUAUGUGCGUGAAGGAGAAAUUUAUGAUGGUUUUAGCAUCUACUUUGAACUUGGAUGGGACACCAGAUACCGGUUAUUUCAUUCAGGGUAACAAGAAAUCACUUGCUGACAAGUUCGAAUACGUCAUGCAUGGGAAGCUAUAUAGGAUCUCAGAGGAAGGUUCUGGGAAGCACGUUAAAGCAGACAUUUUUGUUUCAUUUGGAGGACUUCUGAUGCAGCUGAGAGGAGAUCCAUCCAUUGCAGCUAAGUUUGAGCUUGAUCAGAGGCUUUUCCUUCUCAUUAGGAAGGUUUGAUGUAAACAAAAAAUGAUAAUAACUCAACUUUUACUUAAAAGACGAUGGAGUAUCUGUGAACGCGUCAGCUACUGGCACGCGAUAAAUCACGUGGUGGUCUCAGUUUCUCUAGGACACAAAACCACGGACCGAGAGCUUGGUAUAAACCUUGUGUGCAGUUAUGAUCUUUAUUUCUGGUGUACUAGUAUUUAUCAGAAGAAUGUUUUCCUCCUAGUAUUUUGGGAUGAAGAAAAGGUCUAUAGCUCUUGUUGUAACUGGUAAUAUAGUUACAGCCCUUUCUUGGACAUGCUAACGCGAGAUGUUUUGUGCACGGGCUGCCUCUUUUUUAAUGUAGUCGCGACUUACAGUCCA